UGGCUGCCUUGCCAUUGUUCCUCAAGCCAGCAAGAAGCACACACAAGCCUAGAAGCCUUCAGCUUAAUCUUCUUCCUAAGCAAGUUCGAGCACUCGACCGAAGAUGUCUUGCUGCGGAGGAAACUGCAACUGCGGGUCAUCCUGCAAGUGCGGCAGCGGCUGCAACGGCUGCAACAUGUACCCUGAAGCCGAGGUCCAGACCUCCAGCCUCCUCGUCGUCGCCACCGCCGCCCACAAGGCGAGCUCCGGCGGGAUGGAGAUGGCCGCGGAGAACGGCGGCUGCGGCUGCAGCACCUGCAAGUGCGGCACCAGCUGCGGCUGCUCAUGCUGCAGCUGCUAGAUCUCAAUCUGCUGCAGCAGCUUAAUUUGCAUGCCAGGGACGCAUGCAACGACCAUCUACAUAUAGCUACUCGAUCUACCGCUACCAUGAACCGAUCCAAGGCUAGCUGCACAAGCUAGGCCCUUAUUUCCCUUUGUACGGGUGCAUGCAUGCCAUCCCAUGCCAUGCUUGUAACCCCCCAUAAAUAAAAUCGCCCUGGUUUAACUAUA